CCGAUCUGGGCUUUCCGCAACGAAUAUACCUGGGCCAAGGAUGGAACAAUAUCAAAACCCGAAAGACUCGAUGAAGUCAACCUGGCGCCGAUGGGACAAAAGCCAGUGGACACUGUCACACAAACUCUUUGAACAUGCGAACCUUUACCACGUUGAUCUCGAUCGGGAGGUUCCAGUUCAUUCAAAGCAGGAGAAGGUACCCUAUGUCUCAGACUGGUCUCUCCACCGCUGGAUUAUCUUUCACGCUUCUAUACCACUGAUCCUUCACCAACUCUAUGUGUACCUUACCGGCCAAAAUUUCGGUCCUAUCAUUGCCUUCGCCUUCUACUACUACACCACCAGGAUUUUCACAAGCCGAGAACUUCGAAACCUUCGCGAGAUGGGCCAUACCUAUGGGUUUUUAGAUGGUGACAAACAUGAGCGGGAUGGUGUCCCCGACGUGGGAGUUUCCAAGGUACUGACAUCGGUCAUGCUGGCAAGCGUUCUUCGCCCAAUGAUGAUGGUGUAUCUCACGUACACUGCCACUAAUGCCCCAGCGUCCAUAAGCUGGCGAUGGCUCCCCAUCGAAGUUAGCCUAUAUGGUAUUGUUCUUGAUUUUUGGUUUUACUGGUACCAUCGCGUCAUGCACGAUGUAAACGGACUCUGGAAGUAUCACCGGACGCAUCACCUCACCAAGCAUCCAAACCCGCUCCUCACAAUAUACGCAGAUUCAGAACAAGAGUUCUUUGACAUUGCAGGCAUCCCCCUGAUGACCUAUUUUACAAUGAAAAUUGUGGGGUUCCCAAUGGGGUUCUAUGAGUGGCAUGUGUGUCAGCUGUAUGUUCUAUUCGCAGAACUAGCCGGACACAGCGGUCUUCGUCUUCACGCAUCACCACCAAAUCCAUUGACCUGGCUCAUGCGCAUCUUUGACGCGGAAUUGGUUAUUGAAGAUCAUGAUCUUCAUCAUCGAAACGGUUGGAGGAAGAGUCACAAUUAUGGGAAACAGACACGAGUUUGGGACCGUGUAUUUGGUACCUGCCGCGACCGGAUUGAGGGAAUAGAUGCUAACAUCGACUACAAGAACACGGUCGCAAUGAGCAUUUUCUAACUCUAUCUUUCCCUUGGGCUACACUGUGUCGCAAACUACUAUUAGUCCCUGGGAUUGUUCCUGCACUGCUUCAAACCGUGCUGUUGGCCAAAAGGAUUAGCGGUCAGCCUUAGAGGCUUGAUAUAUGGCCUUGACGGACGGCUGACGUAUGGUCCACCUGUGUACAGAACUAGUCUAGAAUCAAGAAUAAAAUGACUUGCAGACUAUAGGAAGCAAAAGCCCUUCGGCAAGCAAGUGUUAUGAUCAAUCAAUAUGAGGCGUCCCGGAAAUGAAAUAGGAUGUAUCUCCUUUGCGAAACCCCAUCCCCUUUAUGUGGGAAAUCCAAACACAAAAUAGCCUACACCGUGAGACAAGGAUAGGAGUUUCUUAGUGCACACACAGUUGAGAUUUACGUAGGGAGACCUAGCCACACUACAAAAACAGACCCGCAGGGUAUGAUCACCUUGUU